CGCGAUGCGGAACAGUUUAGAGGCUGAACACUGAUCCUGACCCCGGAGAGCGGACAGCGCGAGCGCGUGCACUUACCGGUAACAUUCAUUACGGGCGCGCGCACUGGAGCCGGAAACAUGCGCAUUCAGUUAGAAGUUCAUCUACAGAUCCUCCUGGCUGUUGGUCUGGCCGUCUUCUGCUUCGGCCUUGUGCUGGGCUGCAUCAUUUGUUGGCGCCGCAGGAAAUCUAGCUCUUCUGACACUAAAGAGGAGGGGUUUUAUCUGCAGUCCGCACCUACAGAUCACGUGACUGUGACUCUCAGCUCGUCCCCUUCAAUCAAAAUUCUUCCAGUCAAACAGCAAUAUGAAGAGUUGGAUGGUGACGUAUUGGAUUAUCCAUCAGAGGCCAGCAGCUUUACACCAUCUGAUGAUAACCAGAGCAGUUUCCCACAGGUCUCAACAAGUUUGAAAGGCCCUCAGAAGUCUCGAUUCGCCUUACGCCGCCUAAGCACCCCCGCUGUCCCCUGUUCUCCCUUUAAACCGACUGUCCAUGGCCGAGCUUCCCUCCCAAGUAUCCCUAAACUUAGCCUGGGCUCUAAAACACGCCGGGCUCUGGAUCGUCGCUCAACGGUGAUUGGAGACAGCUUCCUGACAGGUACUGACCCUGAGUAUUCGCCAUCCAGCCAGCAGGGGGAGCUCUCUUCAUCUCAAUGCAGCUCCAGCCCGAGCUCCAGACGCAGCUCCUUCACGAACAAGCAGCCUCCUGCAGUUCACUUCUCCUUGCUGUUCUGUCCAGCAGAUGGCACCCUCACUGUCACAAUCCUCAGUCUCUUCAGGGGCUCCAGGAGGCUCAGUGGUGCCAUGGUGCGUGCCAGUCUGCCCCCACUGUGCCCUGCUACCCUGCAGGCAGUGCCGUCACGCAGAAACAGCCUCAGCCUAGAGCCUCAGGCUCAGGUGUUCACUCUGAAGGUGGGAUCUGUAGAAGAGCUUCGGGCCUGCACUCUCAGACUGGCCGUGUUUGGUAAAGAUUUCUCAGGUCUCCGUGAGACACCACUGGGUCAUCUAGAGCUCAACUGUAGUGAGAUGGACUGGGAGCCCGAUACCACCAUCACAUUCAACCUCCAACUCAAUCCUGCAAGGAGGCGAGUAAAAAAGAGCCACAGUACCCAGGAGUCUUUGGGCACAAUGACAUCUGUGUGCAUUUCAAAGCUCUUGGGUCAACUUUUUGUCUUGCUUCAGUACCAGACUCAGGCCCAUCGGAUCAAAGUGAUGGUGCGCAAAGCUGAGAACCUGGCCAAGCUAACUCGAAUGCCUGGAGCUGCAGAUCACUACGUUGUCAUUAACCUGCGUCAGGGUGGGAAAGUGAUCAGUACUAAAGAGACGAAGGGAGCGAGUGGACCUAAUGCUGUGUGGAACGCACCUUUCCUGUUCGAUUUACCCCCCGGUGACAUCAUCAGACUUCCGCUGGUCCUGGAGUUCAUCGUUAUGCAGGGACGGCUGUACACGAAAAGCAGUGUGCUUGGCCGCGUUCUGAUUGGUUCUGAGGGCCCGGAGGCGGGGCAACAGCACUGGAAGGAGAUGUGCAGCCGAGGGCAGGUGGAAACAGCGCGCUGGCACACACUCCUGUCAGAGACACCCUAAGGACAUGUCUCCUAAACAGUGGGGUUUCUCACUAAUCUCCAGCAGCAGCAUUUUAUUGGGACUGAAACAGUGAUAAAGUAUUUAUUUAUUAUUAUGAUUACAGUAUUUAUUAAUGCAGAGUGUUGCAAAUGAUUUUAUUUUUGCUAUGGAGUGCCAGAGUAACACUGUUCAAUCCAAUUUCAUUUGAUUUGUGUAUAACAGCGUUGUCACAAAGUAGCUUUAUAGAAAUGAAAGGUCCAGACGCAUAAUGAGCAAGGAAAAAGGAAAAACAGCCUUGAGAGAGCAACUGUAGUUAUUUAGGUAAAUAAUGUUCAGUUUCAUUAUGGGUAACUGACCACAUGAAUAUGAAAUAUGACAUGCUGAUAUGGGAGGUCGUGUUGUCUUGUUCUUUUUCUAAACUACACCUAUAUGUAUAUUCUGUAUUUCUCAGACUGAAGUAACUGGAAUUCAUCAAUGUCUGUUUUUUUUGUUUUUUGGUGAAUACAUACGAUAUAUGCUUGCUGUUCAAGUGGAGAACACUGUUGCUAGGCAACAUGGAAAUAUGGACACCAAGCUUGCUAAUGACUGAGGCUAAACAGUUAACAAGCUAGCCUGUACCUAUUAAGUCUUUGAUAUGGACAACGUAAAAGCACAGUGACGCUGAAAACAAUAUCAACGGUUCUCUCAGAACUGACACAGAACAGAGUCACAGUUACCAAAAUUACACCAUCAAUACACUUAGUGCUAAAAUCACCUGCUACAUCAGAUUCCCCCAUAUUGAGAAACAUCAACAAUGUGACACAACCAAUAAACUUGGCGCUAUCAGAAAAUGUUGACUUCUGAUGUAGGGAAUAGCACAUGAAUAAGUCGUUCAUAUGGAGUCUUUAUGCUAACUUGCGUUUAUAUUGCUAUGUGACACUAGUGUAAGCCUUCCCUUACUGUCAGCUGCCAUAAUCUCAUGCUGUCUUCAUAAAUUUUAAUGCCAUUUGACAUAACACAUAGUCAAGUGACAUAAUCUUGUGUUAUAACGGUUUCCAGGUGGACUUAUAGUACUUUAGAAGGUCAUAACAACUGACGGUGUAGCUCAGUGCACUCCUGUUAUGUAAGAUUCAGAUAAUUAUACUCUAUGUUUUUUCAUACCUGUGAGUUUAAGUAAAGUGAGUUUAUUUUUACUCUUCCUAAGACGUUUAUGAGAAUCUAUGCUAAUGUGUUGUGUCACUGGGACAGUGAACAAACAGCAAAUGUGUCUUUUUUCUGGUUAUCGAUGAGUAUCAGUGCCGUAUAAACAGUCUGCUAUUCCAUUACAGCUCACACAAUCAUGACAUCUCUGUAGAUUAUGAUUUCAAAUAAAGUUGACUGAGUAUGUAAAAAGUGUGAUU